UGUAAAAAAUUAUCAUAACCACACAUUAUUAGUCUCUAGUGUCAAAAGUAAUCUUUAUAACAGUAUCAUCAGUCUUGAUUUUUCAUCAACUUGAGAAUGUCAGGAGCUGAAUGUUGCAGAAACCCACCCGUGUUAAGCUCAAGCAGUGGAUCAGGAUCUGUGAUUCAACUUGCAGGGCUGAAAGCCUAUGUCUCCGGCUCUUCCCACUCCAAACGGGCCAUUCUUCUUGUUUCUGAUGGCUUUGGUUAUGAGUCGCCGAAUUUAAGGAAGAUAGCCGACAAAGUUGCUACUGCUGGAUUCUAUGUGGUGGUACCGGAUUUCUUGCAUGGAGAACCCUUUGAUCCACAUAAUGCUGAUCAGAAGCCAUUUCCAGUCUGGCUGAACAUACACAACACAGACAGAGGAUUCGAAGAUGCAAAACUAGUUAUUGAUGCUCUGAAAAGGCAAGGCACGACAACAUUUGGAGCUGCAGGAUUUUGCUGGGGCGCCAAGGUGGUUGUGGAACUAGCGAAGUCCACUUAUAUUGAAGCUGCAGUGUUGUUACACCCUUCACUCACUGCUCCAGAGGAUUUAAAGGCGGUUAAGGUGCCAAUGGCUAUACUGGGAGCUGGGAAUGACAAUCACUCUCCUCCAGAACUCCUCAGGCAAUUUGGGGAGAUUCUUAUAUCUAAUCAAGUUAAGACUUUUGUAAAGAUCUAUCCUGGUGUUGAACAUGGAUGGGCAGUUAGGUACCAAGCUGAAGACGAAUUCGCUGUAAAAUCGGCUGAAGAAGCACAACAGGACAUGCUGGACUGGUUUCUUGCGCAUAUCAGUUGAGAACAAGGGUUUUCGGGUCUUCACUUGACUACCAUGGCUCUGUUUUCUUGUUAUGCUAUGGAUGAAAUCUUCUGAAAUAUGCUACAGAGUUACAAAUAUGUUAUAUGUUAAGAGUUGAUGACUGAGUUGAGAUACAUCAAGACAUGGACCUAAUAAUAAUUGCUGCAUAAUUUGAGAAGGUACAUUUCA